UCGAGUGAGCAUGGAGGUGAGGGAGAUUCCGCGCGUGACCACUUCAAGGUCAGAGAGUUCACCUUUGACCACUCCUUCUGGUCGGUCAACGAGAAAGAUGGACAUUACGCCACACAGACGCAGGUGUUUUCCAGCCUGGGCGAGGAUGUGGUCAACUCGGCCUUUGACGGCUACAACGUCUGCAUCUUCGCCUACGGUCAGACAGGGUCUGGCAAGACGUACACCAUGAUGGGUUCAAAGGAAGAUCCUGGCCUCAUCCCAAGAUAUUGCAAUACGUUGUUCUCCCGACUGACAGAUAACAGCGCCUCUUACCAAGUCCAUGUCAGCUACCUGGAAAUCUACAAUGAGAAAGUACGCGACCUGCUGAGUUCUGUGUCCACCAACCCCAACAAACCCAGCCACAACCUGAGAGUGAGAGAACACCCACGGGACGGACCCUACGUGCAGGAUCUGUCCAAGCACGUUGUGGUGCAUUAUGAUGCUCUGGCUGAGCUCAUGGUCAAAGGGAACAUGAACAGAACGACAGCGUCCACCAACAUGAACGACGUCAGCAGUCGGUCGCACGCCAUCUUCACAAUAACAUUCACACAGGCACGGUUCAUGGACGGGUUACCCAGUGAGAGACAGAGCAAGAUAAACCUGGUGGACUUGGCAGGCAGUGAGCGAGCAGAUGCCACUGGAGCGACCGGUCAGCGUCUCAAGGAAGGAGGCAGCAUCAACAAGUCACUGGUCAGCCUGGGAAAUGUCAUCUCGCUUCUCGCGGAGCGGUCGGAGAACGGCAACAAGGGCCGUAACGCAUACAUCCCGUAUCGGGACUCGGUCCUUACGUGGCUGCUCAAGGAUAGCCUCGGAGGAAAUGCCAAGACCAUCAUGAUUGCCACUAUCUCCCCGGCUGAUGUCAACUAUGGAGAGACUCUGAGCACACUGCGCUACGCCAACAGAGCCAAGAACAUCAUCAACAGACCCACGGUCAACGAGGAUCCGAACGUGAGACUGAUCAGGGAGCUGCGAGAGGAGAUCGCUCGUCUCAAGUCACUUCUAGAUGGCGCUCCGGACAUUUCACCAAGAGACCAAGAGAAACUUCACGAAAAGGAAGCUAGGAUCAAAGUUUUGACGGAGGAGUGGGCCGAGAAGUGGAAAGAGUCGGCCAACCUGCUGCAGGACAAAAACCUGGCACUGCGCCAGGAAGGUCUCGGGGUCAUCCUGGACUCAACGUUGCCACAUCUCAUCGGCAUUGAUGAUGACGUUCUCAGCACGGGCAUCAAGUUGUAUCACCUCAAGGAGGGCAUCACAAAGAUUGGCUCUGAGGAAUCUGAAGAACAACAGGACAUCAUUAUCGCGGGGCCGGAGGUCACCACAGAACACUGCGUGAUUGAACACCAGGACGGCAGCGUCUUCCUUCACCCCAUAGAGGGCGCUCUCUGUGCCGUCAACGGACACGCCAUAGGCGAGCCCACCAAACUUACACAAGGCAUGUUGAUCACUCUGGGCAAGACCAACAUGUUCCGGUUCAACCACCCCGAGCAGGUGAAGGAGUUGAAGAAAAUGCAGACCAACGUGAGGAAGUCUGCCUCCACCAUCAGCCUCCACCAGGGUGGAGAGGCGGCCCCCAAGCUCUCUCUCCUCAGCCAGUCCAUGUCGGAUCUGUAUCGGUCCAACGAGAGCCUGGCUCUCAACGGCUCUUUACUGUCUUUGUAUUUGGAAAGGUGGGACAUCAGCUCGACCACGUACAGGGAGGAUCAGGAGGAGCUGGAGCAGAAGAGGAUGGAAAUCAUGGAGCUUGAGGACACGUACACCAGCAGGGAGGAACAGAGGAGGGAGAUGGAGAGACAGGUGCAGGAGGAGUUGGCCGAGAAGAACGACAGAUUGAUGCAGCUGGAGGAGGAGAUUGAUACCAUCAAGAGCAAGAACAACCCGUACGACAACAUUGUGGAGGGUCUGAGGCAGUUGGACAGGCAGGAGGAGGAGCUGUUGGAGGACUUGAGAAUCUCGAAGGAAAAUCUGCUCAAGGAAGUCGAGAACCUGACGUGGUACCCGGACCAGGUCCGGGAGGAAGAGGUUAUCGCCAGCGUGGUGGCUGACCUCAACAAACAGAUCUCAGACAUGGAGAGACAGAUCGACGACUUCAAGGACGCCGCCCAGAUGCAGAAAGAGGCGUUGUCAGGGGAAGAGAAGGAGGUGUUGGAGAAGCAGCGCCUGCUGGCGCGAGAGCUCUCCUCCCUGGAGGCAGACUAUGAGGCGGAGAAGCGCCAGCUGCUGUCCAACAACGAGAACGUGUUGCACGAGGUACAGGACCUGGCGCUACGGGAGGAGGAUAUCCUGUCUCAGCAUCGCGACACCGACGCUCUCAAGAAGGCUCAGUGGCAGGAGGGCUUGUCUCGCCUCAAGGAGCACAACAUCACCAUUGAGGAGGCCUGGGGCGACCUGGAGGAGAAUGAGGCUGUGGUCAAGGCCAGGCUACAGAACGGCGGGUUCAGCUCGGCCCAGGAGAAGCUGUCGUGUGAACAGGAGGCGCAGCAGCUGUCUGAGGCCCGGCGCCUGCUGGGGGAGGAGGAGAAGACGUUUGCUGCGCACCAGCAGGCCGAGAUGCUGCGCGUGGAACGAGAGAUGGAGGCGUGGGAGGAACAGAAGGCUGCCGAGCUGGGGUCAAUCAGUUCAUCUCGUCGCAACGUUCUGUGGCGCCACAGCGAGAAAUUGCAGCGCCUAGACGGACAGAUGGAGCAUACGCGAGACACAGCGCAAGAGGUCAAGGCUGAACUGGAGCAGGUACAGAACCGGAUGUGUAAAGUGAACGCGGACACAGAGAAAGAGGUGGCCUCUCUACAGCAGGAGCACGAAGCGCGAGUGGAAGAACGGAGGUCGGUGGAGAGGAAGAGCGAGCAGAAGGAGCAGCAGAGGAGAGAUAAGAUUGAGGAGCUAGAGAGCGAGAUUGAUUCUCUGGAACAUAUGUACCAGGUCCGACUGGACGACAUUCAGACGGAGAGAAUGAGGAGCUGGAAACCUUUAAGACAGAGCUAGAGUCAGCCAAGUCAGAGCUAGAGUCGCGACAGAGGAAGUUUGACGAGGAGAGAGAGGCUCAGCUGGACAAGCUGGAGUUUGAGAAACUGAAGCUGCUGGACAUGGAGAGACAGGACAGAGUGAACAGCCUGGUGGAACAGGAAGUGAAGUGUCGACUGUUUGAGGAGAAGCUGGAGCGUGAGCGUCUACGUAAGGCGGAGCGUGAGCGAGAGAAGCAAGAGAGGGACCGGGAGAUACAGAAACUCAAGUCUAUGCACCAGAGGGAGAUGAACCAGCUCAAGGCUAAACUAGAGGACGGGGCUCUUGGCAAGAACAGAAGCCUGGUGAGGAGUCAGUCGUGUACCACAGACGCCAUGCCCACAGAAUCAUUCCGGAGAAAUCUGGUGAAACAGCUGACAUUAGCUGAGCCGCAAGCGCCCUUGAACAUCGAAGUGCCGACCUUUGUCUUACGAGGCAGUGGCCGUGACCUUCACUAUGAGUACCUGGUCAAGGUGUCGGUGGGCAGUGAGUCCUGGUGCAUCUUCCGUCGCUACAGCAGGUUCAGGGAGAUGCAUACGACUCUGAAGAAAAAAUAUCCCGUGGUCAAUCAGCUGGUGUUUCCUCCGAGACGAUUUUUCCACAAGAAUAAGAAAGUAGCAGCGGAGAGGAGGCAGCUGUUGGAGGAGUACGUGCGCCAUGCGGUGGAGCUGUGCAUGAGGAUCACAGAGUGCCCUCUCCACCCCAGCCAGAAUAGACAGAUCACCAAGCAAGCCCUCGUAGACUUUGAACCCUUCUUCCGCCGCGGCCUCUUCGAGACAGCUCGUAACCUGACCUCUUGACUCUUCGAGACAGCUCAUAACUUGACCUCUUGAUUCUUCGAGACAAGCUCGUAACUUGACCUCUUGACUCUUCGAGACAAGCUUGUAACUUGACCUUUUGACUCUUCGAGACAGCUUGUAACUUGACCUCUUGACUCUUCGAGACAGCUCGUAAUUUGACUUCUCGACUCUUCAAGAGGGUUCCUAAUUUGACCUCCUGAGACCCCACAAGGGACAGCGCUGCCUUCUUGGUGUGUUGUACAAUUGUACAUAGUCGUCCGGCAUCUCUACACAGGGCCUCCCACAUGGUGGCGGUACAUUGUGAAUAUCAUCCCAUGUCUCUGUAUGGGACUGCUUACUGUCAGAAUGGUGUGAGUUGUGUGUGUGUGCGGAUGUGUGUAUGUGUGCCUGUAUGCAGAUGUUUGUGUACUUGUGUGCAG